CCAGAUCACCGAUGGGUUCGAACCGCGCAGCUUCCGAAAUCCGAUCGAUUCCUAAGAUGAACUGGAGUGCAGUGGCGGUAAUGUCGUUCGUGGCGGCUUUCGGCGUCCCCGUGACGAUGGCAGCGAUCUUCGUGCCUAGUCAGCCGAUGGUUAAUGAAAUCCAGACGAGAGCGAAGUGUGGCGGAACAUUCGCCGAGAAGCACGGCGUCGUCGCGACGCCCAAUUUCCCGAACCCGUUUCCGGUCCCGAUCGAGUGCAAGUGGAUUUUCCGCGGUGCUCCCGGAGACCAUAUCACGGUUUACCUUACUCAAUUUUACCUCAAAGAAGGCUUCCACGCUGCAGCCUACGGAUUCUAUUCAGACGAUCACAUUUUUAUGGCGAAAGAUGACCUCGGGUCCGUGGCAGCCGACGAGUCCGUGGCUUACAUCUCGACGCGAAAGCCUGUUCUAGUCCUCAGCCUCAGCCUCAUGUCGACAGAGAAUGUGAACCUCCGGGUGAGGGACAGGUUCCUGGACGUGUAUGGAUUUAACAUCACCUACGAAAUGCGACGUCCGCGGUCACGGAAUUUCGUCUGCACCGUUUUUACCUGCUCAUUCAACGGGCAUUGCUUAGCGUCAUCGUCCUUCCGAUUCUACAAAUGCCAAUGCUUUCCCGGGUUUUUCGGAGCAAAUUGUCAAUAUGGGCCCGGAUGUGACCCGGAGAGACACGUCGAAGUGUGUCAGAACGGCGGGAGGUGCAGCUAUGUUACGGGACCAACAGGAAUUCAAUGCACGUGUCCACCGGGAUUCACUGGGUCACGAUGCGAAACGAUCUAUGCCGAUGGAAUUCAGAAACAGUGUGAACUCGCGGGAGUAAAUUGCACUCAGGUUUGCUCUUUAGAAGAAAACAAACCUGUGUGCUCAUGCAACAAAGGAUUUGAAUUGGCCGAAGACAACGUAUCCUGUCAUGAAACUGGGGUGACAAGAUACGUGGCCAGUCUGAAGUUGAAAAAUCUUCACAUCGAUCCCCUGCGAGUGAACCGUUCGUCGUCAGAUUACAUCGAACUAAAAAGCAAAAUCGAGACGCCUCUCUCCGAAUAUUUGCAGACACGUUUAACAAACAGCGUCGAGUUGGAAAUUUACGGAUUUCAUCCGGGGGCAAUCGUUGAGUUCCAGUUCCUUGCGCUGAAUGACGAGAGCGGAUUGGCCAGAGACGCGUUGGCGGAAAUCGUGAAUAAUGGCUCCCUCGGAAACGUUCUCAAGUUCGACUCGCAUUUCAUCAAGUUCGAACGGGAGCCUACUUUAAAUCUGCAGAAAGUGGACCGAGACGUGCCGUCGCCGGCGGAGCUGGGCUGGAACAUGACGCUGACGUGCAUCGCGACGGGGACUCGGGAACUGUCGUUCCAAUGGUUCAAAGACGGAUCGCGGGUUGCGGUGUCCAAGGCAAUGCGGCCGUGUAAGGAAAUCCUGUGGCCGCGGAAUUCGAGAAAUCAAUACACGACGCAGUUGAUCAUCGGGAAUAUUCAUCGCAUCGACGCCGGCGUUUUCACAUGUCGGGUGACUGAUUGGAACAACUCCCAGGAGAGGUCGAUCCUCGUCAAAGUGCAAACGCCUCCUGUCGUCAUCUUGGAACCACCCGGGGAAAUUACCAUCCUCAAGAACGCCAAUUUCUCUGUAACGUGCAUGGCGACAGACGACACCGGUCAAAAUGGGUAUACAUGGAUGAAGAAUGGUCAAUUGAUAAAUGACGAGAUCGACAUCAUGUCUGAAGACCUUUACCCCGACGGAUCUCGGUUAUACCUGCAUGACAUUAAGUCCAGGACAAAGGUGACGUGUCUGGUGACGAACACUGCUGGGAAAAGUUCAGCAUCGAUGUACAUAACACCAAUGGAUCCAGAAGACGACAAGGAUGACGUUUGCAUAAAACAAGAGUCCUUUGGCAUCUCUUGGCCAGUCACCAUGAGAGGCCAGACAAGUUUGCAGCUCUGUCCACAGCAUCACGAGGGAUAUUCAAGACGUGCGUGCGACUUUGAGUACGCAGACCGGAAACCGACAUGGGGUGCCCCAAAUUUCGACAAUUGUCGACCGUCAGUCAUCUUGUCGCUUCGGAAUAAGCUGGAAGCACUGAGAUUCGGAUACGAAGUCAUUGAUCCGACGGCUGUCCCUGAGGAGAUUCUCACCGACCUCGCGAGGCGUGCCCCAGUUCUCCCGCAAUCUGGUGUCGAUGUCCUGCACAUCAUGCGCGAAACGAGUGACUACAUGAUAACCCUGGAAAUGACUGCCCGUCUCAGGCAAUCCAUUCAGGAUUUCAGCCACUUAUCCACCGCGAUCAACGUCAUGCAAAAUCAUUUCUCGGCGAAUCGAUUCGGAGAGCUGCAGAAAACGUUUGCUCUAUUCCGCCAAAACUUCGCCUACUUCACGGCUAACUUUCUGGAAAACGAUGAAAAGUUCCCCUUUGAAACUAAGUAUGCAGAAGAACCCGACUGGGCGAUACGUGAGAAACUGCGGUUGAUCCUGGAGAAAAACUCAUUCCCGCUGGUAGACGCAGAUGAGACCUUGGAAGUCAGUGUUAUCUUCUUUCGGAACUUGUCUCAGUUUCUCCCGUCGAUGUACAUCGAGCGCCAGAAUAGUACCAGCACGGAACACGAGCACAAGUUGAUUUCGGAAGUCGUUAGUGUUUCCCUGCAAAAAGAUGGGUCUGAGGAUAUCGGUCGGAUCAACGGAGUGCUGAUUGAGAUCGAAUUUCCGAUGGAAGAUGAAAGGCUGAAUACGAGCCGCUGGGUUCCGUCGUGCGGCCGGGGGCGAAACCUGGGGCCGGGGCAUACAAUUUCCUUACGCUGGGAACCGUUCGCGUGCCCAGCAAAAAUCGUGAACUCCAGCAAAAUCAUUUGUACUUGCAAGGAAUUCGGGAUAUUCGCUUUGCUGAUUGCACCGUCUGAAAAAAAGUUAGAGGAGAAAAGUUGGGGGCUUUAUACGGAAGUAACCGUUGGAUGCGUGAUCGCAUUGACGAUCCUCAUUUCAACGGCCUUCUUCGUCCUUCUUCAAUGGUUCCGCUUAUCUGACCCCAUGGGACUCAGCAAGGGUCAAGAAGUUCUCGCUAGCAUCGCAGGAACAAGCCUCAUCCUCUUCAGCGCAAGAACUACUCUGCCCAGGGCAACGUAUCCUUACAUCAUUACAGCUCUGACCUUUUCGUUCAACCUGAUCAUUGCAUCGCAGUUCUGUCGCCCGAUUUUCGUGUACGUCGGUUACAAUUUGAUCCCAACGCUCAGAGGACAUCGCAUGAAGAUCACGAUCUUAAGUUGGGGUUUACCGUGCAUUUCGACUGCUGCUGCGAUGGCCGCUCAAGAGAUGCAAGGUUGGGACCUUGACAGCUGGUGGCUGGUGCAAGACAGCAUGUUUUUCUACGGCUCGGCCAUCCCAUUCUUCAUUGUCCUCAUUCUUUACUUCUGGGUCUAUUUCCUGGCCAUGUCUUCAAUUCGAAGACGUCUACUUGAAGCAGAACGCGAUACUCCGGACGAGAAAAGUUAUGCAAGACUUUUCCAACGUGCUCAUCGCGAACACAGCCUUUUGCAGCGUUCCAGUCUAGUAGUUUGGACUACGAUGAUUUGGUUCAUAGCCAGCGUGUACUUCGCCAAUGACCCUGAGUCUGGUCCAAAAACCUAUUUCCUGAGCAUUGCCCUCAUCAUUCACGCAUUGGCCAAUUGGAUCUUCUAUAUUGCAAAAAGCGAGUACAGAAGGCCACUCUGGAGAACCAUUUUGUAUGUCCAAGAAUUUUUUGGUGAUCCUGACGUUUAUGCAAAAGUCAUGGAUGGAGAUGACGAAAAGAGUAUUGAGGGCGGAAAGGAUCACAAUCCGGAAAAGUGCCGGAGUUCAGACAAGAGCAAAACAUCGUCAUCCGCCAGCUCGUCCAAGACUAAACGGAGCAGUCUGGAUACCUUGCCGAUGGAUGAUCGCCUCAAUGGCAAAAUCGAGCAUGCUUCCCGACCUUAUAAUGAUGGCUUCCUAUCGUCAUCUCUCGUAGACCAAAUAGACGUGCAUCCUUGAGGGUUUUCCUGGGUUAUUUUUGAGGAGAAGGGGAAGGAUUUGACGGCGCUCCUUCUAUGAUUGACGAAACCCCGUAUGCCGUCGCUUUUGCCGUCCGCAACUCCUGGGCACCUUUGGUGAAUCAUACCUUGAUGUUUCAUGUUUUAUUUUCAUGCUUGGAACUGGGAAAAAGGAAGCUUUUUAUGAA